AUGCCGCUACCUGAACUAAUUAAACGAGCAUCAAGUUAUUUUCUUGGCUUGGAGUUUGACGACGAGGACCCACCCGAAUAUGUGGACAACGAAAUCUUAUUCUGCAAGAACAAUGUGUGCGUUCACCCACCAACUAUCGCUAGACAUGAAUUAGAUAUAGUGCAUCAUCCGGGCUAUCUCACUGUGACGACCAAAGUAUUUACAGAUCAGCAUAACAAUGCGAAACGACCUACAUUAUUUCUCAAUUGGAUUCCCAAUUCUACGCUCAGGAAAUGCCCAUCAGCUGUUGAAACGAGCCCGAGUGAGGAGAUCUGUAACAUCAAUAUACCCUCUCAUCCAAAAGAUAUCCCUGUUUCAAAACCUAGAAAGGAGAAAGUAAGAAAAUAUGAUAAUGCCUUCUCCGACUCCUCAGAUACAACGAGCUUGAACUCGAAUUCAGAUAAGCAAAGUAUUAAAUCUUAUGACACAAGGUAUACUCAAAAUGAUACUACGAAAGACGAGUUAAGAAUUGCAAGGCCAACGAUAAAAUCCGCGGAAUCUAUUAAGGAUGAUGUGUACGAAGUAAAAGAUGAGUCUCAAAUUUUCGAAGGCGAUAAACACGUUCGGUCGCAGUCGAUGACUUCAGUUAACAUAACGAUUGCUAAUCCUAAUAUCGAGAACGUUGACUUGACUCCUGACUCGCUCUCGGGUGGCUUCGUGAGGUCAUUGUCGAUGAGUUCAUGUGACGAGGGCAACCCUAAUUGGAUGAGCACUCCAGAAUUUCUGGCCCUGAAACAUAACUUGGUGUUUCCUGACAGCGUGCACAGUUCCCCAGCACCUCAGCGUAGGGCUCCUCUUAAAUGUCGAAGGUUCUCCGUCGAUCUUAGUCAAAUGCGUUCUUUGCGCUUAUUUUUUAAUGAUGAUAACUGCACCUGUGGACAACUUGUGGUAGCGUCAAGGGAGUCUCAAUAUAAAAUUCUACAUUUUCAUCAUGGCGGACUUGACCAUCUGGCUCAAGUACUACACAGAUGGCACUCUUUGCUCCAUAAUAUUAAACUUACGCCAGGCUCCGAAGAACCGAAUCUACCAUACCGUCACUUUAUGGUGUGCCGGCCAGAGGUGCAAAAAUCAGAACAACACCCAGAAGAGGGAAAACUUCCUAAAAUAACCCCAGAAUUAUAUUACGGAAAGAUUAUGAAUAGCAAAGGGGUUAUCGAAGAUGACCUGUUCCUUCGCAAAUGUAUAUUCUUUGGGGGGUUAGACAAAGAGUUAAGGCGGGAAGUCUGGCCCUUCCUUCUUCACUGUUAUCCAUACAACUCUACAUAUGACGAAAGGGAAAUUAUCCUUCAAAUACGCACAAGGGAGUACGAUGAAAUUACUAAGAGACGUCUGGAAAAAAUGACCCCUGAGCAACACGCAAUGUUCUGGAAGUCUGUACAAAGUGUAAUAGAAAAAGACGUUGUAAGAACUGAUAGAGGAAACCCGUUCUUUGCUGGAGAGAAUAACUAUAAUGUAGAGAUAAUGAAGAAUAUAUUAUUAAAUUAUGCAAUAUAUAAUCCGGUUUUAGGUUACACCCAAGGAAUGAGUGAUCUUCUUGCUCCUGUUCUAUGUGAGAUCAAAUGUGAAGCAGAGGCUUUUUGGUGCUUUGUAGGUCUCAUGCAGCGUGCCAUCUUUGUCUGCACCCCAACUGACAACGAUAUGGACAACAACUUGAGCUACUUAAGGGAACUUAUCAGAAUAAUGGUGCCACACUUUUACAAACACCUUGAGAAACAUAUUGACGCCAUGGAACUACUGUUUUGCCAUCGGUGGAUAUUAUUAUGUUUCAAACGCGAAUUCACGGAAGCAGUGGCUCUCCGUAUGUGGGAGGCCUGUUGGGCCAACUACCAGACUGACUACUUCCACUUGUUCCUAUGCCUGGCGAUAGUUGCAGUAUACGCUGAUGACGUCAUCGCACAAGACCUAAACACCGAUGAAAUGCUCUUGCAUUUUAGUUCUUUAGCAAUGUACAUGGACGGGCGUCUAAUACUGCGUAAAGCACGCGGGCUUCUGUACCAAUUCCGCCAACUAGUUCGGAUUCCGUGCACUUUAGCUGGAAUGUGUCAAAGAUGCGGUCCCGGAAUAUGGGACUCUACACAUCGGCCAAGCGUGGAAUGUACCGGCGCACACGAUUUCUGUGAAUAUGCAGUACAAUAG